CUUUCUCUGUCUGGUCGUCGUCCGCUAGGAGUUUUCCCCAACAGCAACCAAAUCGAAAGGCUAGCCACAGCGAGACGAGCUUUCGUUCGGGAACCGUGAAGUACGUUGGUUCAUAUUUUCAUUUGCGCGAUUGACGGAAUCCAUCAUCCAGCAGAAGAAAGAAGCGACCUUUUCCUCGCGGAGUGUUGGAAAUUUCGGGUCGACGGGUUCGUUGGAAAAAAAUAUUUUCGAAGUCUCUGCCGUGAUCCAAGUUCAACCGUUUGUGCGGUCCGAUCUGCAGUGUUGUGGAAGCGAAUAAUUUUCGUAGAAAUCCGGUUCACUCCAGUGGCCGAAAGGCAAACAUUUUCCGGAAGUGCUUGAACCGAGUUCGAAAAUAAAUUGAUUUCCGUAACUUGUAUCGGCUACGUGUUCGGCCAGUUUUUGAGAUCCGGGAGUUCUUUUCAAUUCGGGAUAAAAUAAAUUGUUGGCUUUCGUGGUUUUGGUGCAUUCGUCGGAAGGGUUGAAGUGAAAAUUCGUCUGCAGUCGGGUGUCGAUUACGCUUUAGUAGCAGUGGCAACCAUCAAUAGCAGAAAAAAAGCGAAAAACGGCAGAAGCACCAGCAAAAGAUUGCCGAUAACCGACAGUGAACUCAUCCGACGCCAGUAAACCGAUCGUAGAACUUUGUCGCAGAACGCCGAUAUCUAAAUAAACAGUAGCUAUCAUAAACCAUUUCAGUCGUGAAGUUUGCGAAACAAAUGAACGGAGAUUGAUGGUAGAAGCCCAUCUGAAAUAGAUGAAAAGGAAGUAGAGAUUAGCAAGACCACCAUCAACAAGAGUGAAGAAGUAGAUGAAGAUAAGAGUGGAUCAGAGUUGCUAAAAGUAACAAAAGUAAUAAUAGUGAAAUUAUAAGCAGAGAAGUAAAGAAGCAAUCAGAAUAGUUUGUGCUGUUGUUAUUGUCUCGCCAAUAAGAAAAUAAGUUCGUUUCUAUCUCCAAUCAAAAACAGCAACAAAGUAAGAAAAAGCAGAAAAGCUUCAAGAAGUGUUCCGUAUAGUUGCGAGGGUCGCGAGUGGUGAUUCCCGUUCGUGUUUCGUACGUGUACAUAAAAUUUCAUCGAUUCAUAGAUAUAGGCAUAAAAUUGUAUCCCGAUCCAGCCGACCGACCGAGAAGAAGAUUGAUCUCUCUCGCCUUCAAUCAGCCGAUCGAUUCGCUGUUGCGGCUUAUUGCCACUUGCGCUCACCCAUCGGCAGUUUGUGGUGCGUACGGAAACGGGUGCGUGUCGUUCGCCGCGAGUGGUGUGCGUGUUGAUUCGAUUCGUUGAUCCGCGCUGUUUUUCGGAGCUAGUGCUGUGAAGUGAUUUGUAUUAGAGCUUACCGGCAAACUGACGCAGAUUCCACGCAAACCACGGUGUGAAGCAUCCAGAAAGAAAGUCAAGUCGUCGAAUCUUCGGCACUGACUGCUGGGUUCGGCAGGCUAACUUUGACGGAACUUGAUAGCAGCGGAAGAAGGGCUGAUUUUUGUAAGAGCGAAACUACGAUGGUAUCCACUCGUCAGAUGACCGGUGCCACGACGGAGGAAUGUACUCUCUACCUGUUUCGCUCCUCAUCAGCCGCCAUCACUAGCAGCAGCAGCAACAACUCCAGCCAGCCUUCCGCGACGAACAGAUCCUCCACACAAAGCCACAACAAUGGCAUCAGUGUCACAAAUGCCACCGCCGCCACCAGUAGUAGCAGCGGCUUGGCAGUGGUACCGGUGGCGCUCAGUUCACACCAGCACAGUACGCCACCGGAUGAUAGUCUGAACCUGCUGGAUCUACCCGUCGAAAUUCUCGGUCACAUAUUCUCCUACGUGGGCUACAAGAAAGUGUCCCAGAUGCGAGUGAUAUCGCAUCAAAUGAACCAAGUGUGUAGUUCGAUACUGAACUCUACCUUCCAGAAGCUCCAGACACAGAUGAUGAAUCGUUUUCAGAUCGUGAAAGCGAAAAUGCCACGAAGAGAAUCCGCCCGUCGAAAUCAUCCGCUGGCCUGCGAGUGUGAUAUUCUGGAGACGUGUUCGAUGCGUCUAUCACUGUUGCAGAUGACAUUCGGCAAACAUAUCGAGCGGAAGCACUGUUGCUUUUUUCCUGGCGGGAUCCUGGACGAAGUGUAUUCAGUGCUCAAUUACAUUCGGAGCACACCGACGCUUGCCCGACCCUUCAAGGUCACCGACGAGCUGUUCGACCUGUCGACAAUGGCCAUGGAGUAUUUUAAGGAGCACCUUGAACCGAACUUACCUGAUAUAGCAUGCUUUAGUAAGGAUUACACAUCUAGUACAAAACCGUUCACCGCCCUGGAGGUUUCGUCCUCCAUCCUGGCGCGGGACACAUCACACUCGAGCUCGUCCUCCCCUCCCCAGAGCAACAUGGUGCUCCGGAAGGGUAUUCGCAAAAUCAAGCAGGGAAUGAAGAGAUACAAUAAUCAAUUGUCGGUGUUACGUAGCGAGUUGCGUACCUGCAAGCGGAAAGCAACCGAGCAGGCGAAACAAAUUGCCGAGCAGCAGAAACUGCUGGCGGAACAGCAGAAGCAAACACUCGACUAUGCAAAUCGGCUCGACGAGAACGACAAAAAGAACGAGGAGAUCUCGAGGAAGUUCUCCACCCUAUUACAGGAACUGAAUAAGUGCAAAACCGAACUGCAAUACUGGCGGUCAAAAAGUCCUGCGACGCCCAAUUGCAAUGCCUGUGGCCAAGCCAUAGUCGCCAUGCCCCCAGAGGACCUUCAAGCCCUAGUCAACCAAGGCGUGCGGCCGGAGGAAGUGGGCUUGCCAGUCAUCGCAGAAGAUCCUGUCGAUCCCCGGGCGGACAUCGACAACGCUCUGUUGAACCUGGACGCUCAACCAAUGUCUCCGCUUCCUCCGGCGGUGGCAGCAGUGGCAGUCGUUAUUGGCUCACCCAGGAGUCAGAAGCGAAAAUACGAAAGCGUCGAAAGUGCCAGCGAUGAUAUCCUCUCGCUCGGAUCAUCUUCCCCUCGAGGAGGUGAAGUUGUAUCCGGAUCAUCUUCACCUCUAAACCCACCAUUCGCUUCGAUUGUGGCAUCAUUAUCGUCGUCGUCGUCGUCACUAUCGAUGUUGGCUGGUCCGGCAUCCGUGUCUCCGAAUCAUUCUUCGUUCUCAUCGAUGGCCUCAGUGCCAUCGUCAUCGGCUGUGUUGUCCCUACCCCUAGUACCCACCACAUGUUCCUCUUCUCCUCAAUCUUCCCAGACUAACCCGCUUUAUCCCAUACCCUCAUCAUCAAACGUUUCCUCUAAUCUGAGUGCCACUGCUGGGUGCAGCAGCGGUGCCAACAGUAGUGAUAGUGUUAAUUAUAAGAAACUACGAAGAGUACAAAAUAAAGCUAGAUCACAAACUAAUCACAAUAAUAGCGCCAAUGUGAAUAACACGAACACAAAGGCAACUAGAAGUAAGCAGUCGGAGAAAUAAAUCCAUCCGAAUGAUUAAUCAGAACUAUCUCACCUUAGUAGUUGAUAUAAUUUGAGCUAGCAGACUCUAUAUAUAUACAUGUAGAAACAAUACAAAUCAAUUCCCUUCCCUUUAUAUGGGAUGAACAAAAAAAAUCGAAUGACAGAUUUAGUUAAUUUUAUAUAGAUCUAGUUAUUUUCAUUCGUAUCUGUAUCUCAUUUCAGUUUAACAUUUAUCGUUGUUCCAUGACACUUAAUUUUUGUAUUGUUUCAUUUUACGUACUAAUCAAAAGAUUUUCUUCUUUUUUGGCUAUGUUUCUUAUUGAAGUUCGACAACAGUCCUCAAAAUUCUACAUACAGACAUACACAUAAACGCUAUUUACCAUAUGUUAUUCUUUGUCAGAACAAGUUAGAUAUCCAGAAAUAGAACUAAACGUUGUCUCCAUGUAACAAUAGUUUGAAUUACAGUUUACUACAACCAAUAUCAAUAGAACAACCGCAACUAAACCACUUUUCAAUCUUUAUCUCUCAAGAUGUCACCAACACCAAAAAGAAGAAAGGAAAAUAUACAAGAAAACCUAUUACGGUUCCUUACAAACAAUAACACAAGUGUUAAUUAUAUCUUUUGCUUUAAACCGUACCGAUCACUAAGCCAACAAAGCAGUACAUAUUUGUGUCGCAAUAUAGAAUAAUCAAAACAGAAACGAGCAACAACAAACAAUAAACACAGUGUAAAACAAUAGUCCUAACAAUAACAGUAGAAUGGAAAGCAGCCACCAACUAAAACAUACAACAAACUGAACGCAAGUAGCAACACAAUCACUCAGAAUACAAACAGAAAUACACACAUAAUACACAACUAGUAGCGAUAAAUGUUUCAGCAACCAACAGUAGGUGUCGGGAUGAUAUCGGAGGGUCCCAUUUAUGUUUCGUGGCUUAAUUUAUACUAUGUUCGCACUAGGGCCUUGUAACAUAUUAUUCGGCUAUCUUGAUGAGCUUUCUUUCGUCGAUAAUUUGAAUAACAUGUUAUUCAGUCCGUUGUGCGAACAUAGUGUUAGGCUUCACUACGAUCGAAACCAAACAGUACCUAACCUACAUACUGCAAUUGAUGUUUUGAAUAAAUAAAAUAACACAGAUGAUUACAAUCAUAGCUGUUAGUUUCGGAUAAUUUGGAGUAGCAGUCGCUAUUGCUUUAAAAAAUACAACAAUGCUUUAAUAAAAAAUAAUACACUAAAUUUGUUCAUCAUUUUUUUCAUGGUUUGAAUGCUGAAUUCGAAAAAUACAUUUGAAUGCUUAACAUGUUUCUUUCCCGGUGGUUCCAGAAAUAUAAGAACACUCUCAUACAUUUUCUGACAAUUUUGGUUAUUAUUCGUGCGAAUCAUGGAUCACGGUACACCAGAAAUAGGUGUCUAUGAAUCAGAUUGCUGCAAGACAUCUGAAGAUUAAUAAUUAUGAGAAAUUGAACACAAUACUUGAGAACUAGCAUUUGGCUAAAAAAGUAAGUGCACUUCUGAUGGUUUUUACAUCUGUAUACCUAUAUAAAAAUGAAACAACACGAAAACGGUUGGAUGCAUUAUUUCUUAUUUUCUUUUUCGCUUAGCAGAUAUGUUCGGUAUAGUUUCCGACGGGUUUAUAUGAUAUUUCCUUAAGAGAAAAUCACGAGUAAAGUUGAGUAAAUCGUGAAAGAACUAGAAAAAGGAUUCGUAUGAAAAAUUUGCAUGGGCAGUUCACAGCGCGCUUUUUUUGCCUACUAUGCAAGACAACGUCUGCCGGGUCAAUUAGUGCUUUAUAACUUCCAGUUUAUAAUCAGCUAUGUAAAACGGAGUGUUUUACAACGUUUACCAAUUCUUUUUUCAAUGGGAGAGUUUAAUUUUGUGAAAUUUCACUUUACUGAUUCCAUGAAACUGGACUCCGUAGAUAUGUGCCGCUGUCAGUAGUGUUAGUAUGCUCAACAUAUUUCCUAACAAAUAAACACCAUGCGGCUCCAUGCAUUCAGUUAUUAAAGUUGAUUCUUCGUCUAAAUAGGCCCAAGGUCAAGAAGCACUAAAACAAAUUGAAUUUUAAAAUAUGGUUUAUGGUUUCACAAAUCUGUUUAGGGGCAGUAGGGGCAAUAUGAACAUACGGGGCAAUAUGAGCCACCCUCAUUUUGAGCUUAUUGACAAGUUUUAUCAUGUAAAAGUUAUAUGAUCUUUAAGAGGAUGCUCCACAUAUGCAUCAACGUGAAAACCGCAUUAAAAUUCAAUUCAAACAUAAAAAUAUACUUGAAAAUGUAAAUUUUCACUGCAUAGGCAAAAUUAUUAUAAGAUUUCAAGUUUAUAAAUAAGGUUUUGACACAAAACUGAUUAAAAUACAGGUCAAAAAUACACCACAAUCAAAAGAUAUAUUAAAUUGCAUAUUGUGCACACAUGUUUAUAUUGAUACAAAUCUGAAUUUAUCAUAAAACUUUUUCUUCCCAAAACCAGUCUCUAUGAGGCAAUAUGGGCAUACCUGCAUAGAACAAGAUAUUGUGCAUCCGGAAUAAAUUUAUACCGCUUUUUAUACCGAAGUUGGAUUUUUCUUCAGAUGCAGGCAACUUUCCCAACUUCGGAAGUAGUGCGCUGGAUUCGCCUAAAUAUGCCUAAAUAAACAACGCAUCAAUUAGUUUGACAAAUAAAACUUCGGAAGAAAGUUCGGUUCGGAAGUCCCGACUUCCGAAUUCUAACUUGGUGCUACGCCGACAAUAUCUGGCCUUAAAAUGCGAACAAGUUCAAAUGUCAGUAUUCAAAUACAAGAAUAUUAUCAUAUAUGUAAGAUUCAUUACGGAAAAAUUACAACAGCGCAUUACUGCGAUAGAAACAGAAAAAAUGACCAUUGACCAAUUGAAAUGUGGCUGUUCAAACGGUGAAGAGUGGCAAAUCAGUUCAGUCCGCUGUUGUGCAGUUUUUUUAUUUUAUUUGGUAUGGAAUACUCACAACUGUUGUAGGAAUAUCAUAUUCUUCCAUAUUACGAUACUUCUUUCGCCUAAAUAAAGGUUUUGGAAGGGUGGCCCGUACUGCCCCAAAAGGUGGCUCAUAUUGCCCCGUAUAGUCGGGAACACACAUUGAAAUCAAUACAUUUUCAAAAGUGCAUUCCAACGAUUUCCAAACGCAUUUUUCGUCAUUCAUCGACGAAAUAUGAAAGGUAACAUUCUCUAGUAUAAGUCAACUACAUUUGAACGAUGCUUUUUUGAGCUUUUAAGCGCUUUUCGGAACGAUUUCCUUAGGUGGCCCAUAUUGCAUCGAUCACCCCUAAUAAAUAAAUCAGAUAAAUUAAUAAAUUUACAUUCGUGUCACUAUUUGUAAAGCUAUGAAUCUGACGAAAUAACCAGACUUGGAAACUUUUUUUGAAACGCCAAAAAGAAAAAUGUUUGUGUUCAUAAACUGUGUUAUAAAUCAAACUAUAUUUAGCGAAUUCUUUAUCAUAAAACCUUGUCAUAAACGAAAUAGCAAAAUAUUUCAUUUUAACUUGUUUUCGAUUUGUGCAUGGAAAGAGAAAUUUAAACCUUUAGUGGCUAUUGACCAAAACUUUUGAUGCUGAUGUAAAAGUUGAGGCUGUAGGAGAAAUUAUGGGAUCAGUACAAAAGGCUGAAUCACAAAAGGACAAACCACAGAAGGCAUAUCACAAAAGGCCGAAAAUGUUCUAACAUACCACAAAAGGCGGAACCACGAAAGGCCGAAUGAUACAAAAGGCCGAAUCAUUACAAAAGUUUCAAUCUUCCAACCAAGAGAACUUGGAAUAUUCAAAAAUUAACGUUUACUUUCAUUAUGCUGCCCCAUAAAGAAAAACUUGUUUACGUGUUUUGCAACUACUAGCAGCGAUGUAAUCAAUCUUAUUCAGUUGAGAUAAUUAACGUAAGUUCAACGUCGAAGUUCAAUCUUCCAAUUGAAAGAAGUUGUAUGACGGUGUUUACCGAGUCAAUUUGAAUCCUUAUAUAUUGCAUAAUAAAUCAAUCUUCAUUGCAGUAAUGGAAGGAUGUACAGUACACAACUGAACACUGUAUAAGGUACACUGGGGGAAGUGGAAAAAGGGGGUAAGUGUAAAAAUCGACUCGAAAAAUUGGAAUUGUACAUACUUUACAGUGUUUACCACAUCAUAACAUUAUGCAAGAAUAUACUUUGAUGCUCACACUAAUACUAUGUUAAAAUUUGUAUAAUACAUACACUAACACAAUUAACGCUUGAACUGUAAUUUAAGGUUUCCCGAAAAGUUGAUUUUUGCAUUCAUAAAAUCAAUUCUUAAUUGCACCAAUUGUCCCUUUUUCAAGUGAAUUUAUAUCACAGGUUACUAUUACAAUACAAUUGAACUAAUCCCAUUCAAUUUGUGAUGGUUUGUACCUUGAAAGCAAAUAAUUCAAAGAUUUUACACUUACCCCUGGUAUCAAACACUGCGGGGGAAGUGGAUAAUGCUCUAAUAACGCAAAUUUUGUCUACCCUCCAGGGUUUAUUUCGAUAGCUGUGAAUCUUAAUAUGUUCCUUCUUUGUUAUCAUUGUGAUUCCAGUGGUGAUUGGACUAAUAUAAAUGAGAAAAUGCCUGAUUAAUCCACCUAUCGGUAUUGAUGCCUUUCACAUGUUUUACAUAUGAAAAAAAAAUGUAUAAAAAAGUUAAAAAUAGCACUGAUAGGUAAAUAUAUUCUAUAAUUCACAUUAAUUUUUAUUCAUAACAAGUAUCGCCGUUGAAUGCAAUUUUUUUGUGAACAAAUUGGUUAAGGACAAGUGCUUAAGAAUAGCUGAUAAUUUUGAACGUGCUUUGCGCACACACAUACAUACAAAUACGCACCUACAGACAUCAUCUCAAUUCGUUAAACUAAGUUGAUUUGUUUAUAACCCUGUAAGUCCCAUUUUUCCUUUAAAAAGUUCAUCUUUGGGGCGAACAUAUAGAUCUUACGUACACUUAGUGUUCGAGAAGGCAAAACCAGCCCUCCCCUACCUAUUACGAGAAUUCCUUGAGGAUCUUUUCCGUUAACGUAAUGAAAAUAUUCCACAAAAAAUACUCAGACUAAUUAUAGUAUUGAUUUUAGUUAUAUAUAACUACUCAUCACUAUUGAAGUUCAAGGUAACAUGGGUUUUCCACUUACCCCAUUCCACUAGGGUAAGUGGAAAAACAACUCCUAAUUUUAAAAUCAAUUUUUAUAAAUUUCAAGCGACCAAAAUGGUAUGAAUUACCGCACAGUUGGUGCAAAAUGGACUGUUUUUGAUAGCCCAUUUUAAUUGAACGCAUUUAGAUCAUUUAAACUGGUUUUACACUAAUUCAAACAUGCACUAUCGAUUUUUCCUUUUCCACUUCCCCCAGUGUACCUUACAUAUAAAUAUUAGCACUUUAAAGUAACGGAGUAAUCCAAGAGGUCUCUUUUUUAUUCCUUUGCUGAUGUAGUAAACUAAUCAUCAUCAGUAGUAUUGGGAAACGUCAAAUUCCCAAAUCUAAUGCAAGAGCCCGAGUUAGAAUCCACCGGAUUCAUGGCUCACAGAAUCGAAUCUCCGAUUCGCAUCAAUGUAGGAGUUGUGCGCUGGACCAAGCGCACGCUCGCUCCGGUUCACUUUGUUGAUCUGCUGGGUUCAUUCGGCUUUUUGUGCAUUCGGCUUUUUUUGCUUUCGGCCUUUUGCAAUUCGACCAUUCGUGAUUCGGCCUUUCGUAGUAGACUUAUGACGUUUACAGCUUUUAUUUAACUUGAACAUUUUUAAACACUGAACCGAUACCGAAAAAAACAUGUUAGGUAUUUUUCUCGACUACCAAAUACCGGAACGACAGACGACGCAAACUACAUUUUCUCUAUCCCAUCAAGCUGCAGACUAUAUGCGAGAUUAAAAUCUCUAUGAGAAUCCUACGACCGCAAAAAGAAGAACAUAAAAAUAGUGUAUGAAUAUGGUACUUAUUCAGAACACAACAUAAAAGCAAAGAAAUAAUGAUAAACGGUAAAGUGAAGUAGACUUUUUCUCUUAUAUAUACAAAAUAUAUACAAAACAAACAAAACAAAAACCUAAUUAUUAUUUUUGUAGUAGAUGCUAGUUUUAUAAGACAAUUUACUGUGAAGCAUAGGGUACGGUGUGGUAAAAUGGUUCUCAAGAACAGACAGAAUUGUGUACAGUUAGGCGAGUAGUUACAUUGCGAUUGAUGUUUGGAUCAUCGUUCAGGCCCGCGGUUUAAGGAACCUUUUGCCCACCCACCCGUCAACAAACAAAAAAUAACUAAAAAAAAACGCGCUCCAUUAGCAUUCAUCUCAUUGUGGUAGUGAUAUUUUCGUAAACCAUUUCCAAUUUCUAUUAGUAGAGAUCACUGGAAUCUAGGGCAAGAAAAUAUGUGGAUCAAGUAAUACACAAAAUAAUGGUACACACAAACUAUAAAGCGCAUAUUAGGUUGAUUUUAACUAAUUCGACGAGAAAAGACGACUUGUGACUGGACACAGAAGAUAGGAGAAAGAAAACUUUGUGCAAAGUGAAAAUAUCGUUUGAAACAUUGACAUUGUGCAGGGAAGCGGAAAUCAAAAUGCAAAUCUAGAAAAAAAAAAUGGAAGAAAAUUAUGAAGAACACUAGGAACAUAAUAGUGAACCGCAGAAAUAUUAAAAUAACAACAGUGAAAAGUUUUAAAUUCCUCCAAAUCUGUGUAAAACAUUGACUGCUUGUGGAGGCUCCUUCUCUCGCUCGAGUGAUUAAACUUAGAAAAUGUUAAUAACAGCAGCAAAGAGGAAGCAAACUAACCAUUAACGAAAUAAUUUUGAAACAAUUAAACAUAGGUAGAUUGUGAUAGAGGACACUAAGCCAACAAUACAAAAUGAAAAAAGAGGCAAAUAUGUACCAACGCUAAAAUGUAUGACGUUAGCGUGUUUUUAAACAAAAAUCGUUGUUCCACUCCCGUUUUCCAUAUUUCGUUCCUUGUUUCCCGAAGUUUGCAUCUAAUUUCUCUGUAAACUCGGGUGAACUGUUUGCGAGAACAAGUAGAGCCACUACGAAAUCGAGCUGAAUUGUAAAUUCCCUGUUUUCGGUUAUUAUGUAGCACAUACAUCCUAAUAAAUUUCAAUAUUUCUAAUGGAAGCCGAUUUAGGUAACGCGUGGCACUUUGCUUCGACAAAUCGGUCAUAUCGUGAAAACUUUCAGCUAUUGUUGAGCGAUCGAUUUAUCGAAAUGGAAUGCUCGUUGUGCAGACAUAAGUUGCUUGUCGUGCCAUCAAGACCCGAACUGUAUGUUUACGAAUACGGCGUGGUAGUAGCAAUGUAAUACAACAGCAACAAACUGGAAUCAAUUAAUGCGAAACUUAAGGAAUGAAAGAACCAUGGACAGCAAAUCCAGAACAUGAACAAGAACUACUCACAAUGAAUUUUAAUCCCGUCUCUGUUGAAUUGAAACAAAAAUAGAUAUUUUAAGAAGUUUUCUUCUGUAUUUCUCGUUGCACAAGAGUAAGAAUAUAUUAUUAAUCAAUGAAGACAAAAUGGAAAAGAGAUCGUAAAUCGAUGCAAAUCAAAUAAUAAAAUCAAGACAAAACAAA